AUGAAGUCGGCCUUCGUGGGGGCUGCGCGUUUGACGGGUGACUGCGACUUGGCGGCGAGCGGCCUGGUGGCUGCGGGCGCCCCGCCGGGCCGGUCCCGGGGUGGCAGCGCCCAGACAGGGGCUGUGGAAGGGGCGGGGGGGGGGGGCGAAGACGUAGGUGCGGGGGUUUCUGUGCCGCGCAGGCGCAGAGCCCGCGAGCAGGUGGCCAGGGGUGGCCGGGCCGCUCCGGUGACCCAGCGGCGGUGCCGGGUGCUGGGAGGACAUACCCCGCUCUCAACGCUAGUGGUUGCGCGGCCCAAACACGGAGCGGAUCCGCGUCCGGACCAAGGCAUCGACUAUAAGACGACCACCAUCCUGCUGGACGGACGGCGGGUCAAGCUGGAGCUCUGGGACACGUCGGGCCAGGGCAGGUUCUGCACCAUCUUCCGGUCCUACUCCAGAGGCGCGCAGGGGAUCCUCCUGGUAUAUGACAUCACCAACCGCUGGUCCUUUGAUGGCAUUGACCGGUGGAUCAAGGAGAUUGAUGAGCAUGCACCUGGGGUUCCCCGGAUCCUGGUUGGGAACCGGCUGCACCUGGCCUUCAAGCGGCAAGUUCCAACAGAGCAGGCGCGCGCCUACGCAGAGAAGAACGGCAUGACCUUCUUCGAGGUCAGCCCUCUGUGCAACUUCAAUGUCAUUGAGUCCUUCACGGAGCUGUCUCGCAUCGUGCUCAUGAGGCACGGCAUGGAGAAGAUCUGGAGGCCCAACCGAGUGUUCAGCCUGCAGGACCUCUGCUGCCGGGCCAUCGUCUCCUGCACCCCCGUGCACCUCAUCGACAAGCUCCCGCUGCCUGUCACCAUCAAGAGCCACCUCAAGUCCUUCUCGAUGGCCAACGGCAUGAACGCCGUCAUGAUGCACGGGCGCUCCUACUCGCUGGCCAGUGGGGCGGCGGGGGGCAGCACCAAGGGCAACAGUCUCAAGAGGUCCAAGUCCAUCCGCCCCCCGCAGAGCCCACCCCAGAACUGCUCGAGGAGCAACUGCAAGAUCUCCUAGCGGGGUGGGCCGGGCGCCACGCCGUCCAGUUCGCUCCGGCAGGGCUCACGCUCGGGGAGCGUCUCUGGCCGGGCGCUGGGCCUGGCGCUGUGUGCAGGGAAGGCUUUGACCUCGCCGCCUCCUGGGAAGCGUGGGGGCUCACCUCGCGGCCAGGGGUCUCGGCCCAGCGCGCUCCGGAGGACCGGAGACAGCUGCGGGCGUCUUGGCGGAACACGCCUGCGACCCGAUAGUGCGGUGCAGCGGGGAAGUGCCCACGCGGCGGCUCUGCCCGGCCCCGGCCUCCAGGGGGCUGUGCUUGGGGACCCAGGGGGCCUGGCUCCCUUUCUUAUUUAUGUGGAAGAUGUUCACCUUUUUGUACGUUUUUAAAGGACAGACAGGGAGGCCUUGAUUCAGCGCCACGUGAGCCCCUGUCAGCUGUGGGGUCAAACUUCGGGACCUUGGGACAGGGAGGGGAUCUGAGGCAAACACGAGAGGAGCCCCCAGGCUUCACCCUCUGAAUUCAGACGCCUCACGUGGGGCGCAGGCUGUGCAGGGACGGGGAGGGGGGGACAUGUGGAAGCUCAUGGGGCCACGGCGGCCUCCGCCAGCCUUUCUGGGGCUGGUUCCUUGUGCCCCGCGAGGGGCUGGGGGCCGUUCACAGACUCCCCGGGGAAUGUUGGGGUUUCUCAGAAGGGGAUAGUGGGGUGCACCCCACCCCACGUCCCUCCACGUGUGCGGGCGGACAGGCUUCCCUCUGUGACUCUGCACCUUCCCUUCCGGUUCCGUUUCUGUCUGUUGCCACGAAUCCGGCUCAGAAUCUCCAAUGAGAAGGUGCAGCAGAUGCGCAGCGGGGCUGCCAGGCGCCCUGCAGGCCUGGACUGACCUGCCUGCCUGUCUUCUGGGCACCGGGACUGACUCUUCGCCAGCCUGUGUCCACUGACCCGGGGCGUGACCCCCAGCUGCUCCUUGCCUGGUGUCGCCCCUCGUGGUCACAUCACCAAAACCGCUCUGACACAUGUCGUAGCGGAGCGUCUCCUGGAGAGCCCGCCGGCCAGCCUCCUGCCGCCUGGUUGGUGACGGCCACCGGUCACACUGGUGCUCAGCUCUACCUCCUACUCACGGCCCCUCCCGGGCUCUGGGACUCUCCUGCGCUGGGGGUCCAGGAGGCGGGGUGGGGGCCACAGCCUGGGUGCGCAGGGGCGCCCAAGGUCCCGCCGGGAGGCCUGGCCUCGGGAGGCCCCGCCCACCCUGUCUUGCCCCCCAGGCCCCUUUUUUCGGACUUUGAACCCAGUCACAUAGACCAGUUUGAGGACGGGGACAGUCCUACGUUCACCUUAUCAACACUACCUUUCGCUGCUGACACACCAUUCCUGUGCUCAUUUUGGACGGUUUUUGUUUCUUUGUACAGUAAACCUAAUUCAGCUCUGCU